ACAGAGAAUCAAAUCCAUGUUCUACCACGCCUACAACAGUUACCUGGAUAACGCCUUCCCGUACGAUGAGCUCCGCCCACUGACCUGUGAUGGACAGGACACCUGGGGCAGUUUCUCUCUGACUCUGAUCGACGCUCUCGACACUCUGCUGGUUCUGGGGAACCGGACAGAGUUCCAGCGCGUGGCGUCUCUCCUCCAGGACACCGUGGACUUUGACAUCGACGUCAACGCGUCCGUGUUCGAAACCAACAUCAGAGUUGUUGGAGGUUUGCUUUCGGCACACCUCCUGGCGGGUCGAGCCGGGAUGGACCUGGAGCCCGGAUGGCCGUGUUCAGGACCGCUGCUGAGGAUGGCCGAGGACGCAGCCAGGAAACUGCUGCCUGCCUUUGAGACGCCCACGGGGAUGCCGUACGGCACGGUGAACCUGCUGCACGGCGUCAGCCCGACCGAGACGCCCGUCACCUGCACCGCCGGAGUCGGAACCUUCAUCCUGGAGUUCGCAGCACUCAGUCGACUAACUGGGGACCCAGCAUUUGAGAACGCAGCUCGUCGAGCACUGACCGCACUGUGGAGGACCAGGUCUGACAUCGGACUGGUGGGGAACCACAUCGACAUCGUGACAAAGAAGUGGGUGGCUCAGGAUGCCGGUAUCGGAGCAGGAGUGGACUCUUACUUUGAGUAUCUGGUGAAAGGAGCCAUAAUGCUGCAGGACGAAGAGCUGCUCAGCAUGUUCAAUGCAUUGGACCGGUCCAUCCAGAACUACACUCGGUUUGAUGACUGGUACCUGUGGGUUCAGAUGCAUAAAGGAACUGUCACCAUGCCGGUCUUCCAAAGUCUGGAAGCCUUCUGGCCCGGCCUGCAGUCCCUGCUGGGGAACCUGGAUGGUGCCGUCAGAACCUUCCAGAACUAUUACUCAGUGUGGAGGCAGUUUGGAGGUCUGCCGGAGUUCUACAGUAUCCCUCAGGGGUACACUGUGGACAAGAGAGAAGGGUACCCUCUGAGACCAGAGCUGAUAGAGAGCGCCAUGUACCUGUUCAGGGCCACAGGCGACCCCACCUACCUGCAGCUGGGCCUCGACGCUCUGGAGUCCAUCGAGCGGAUCGCCAAGACUCCCUGCGGCUACGCCAGUGUGAAAGACCUGAGAGACCACCAGCUGGACAACAGGAUGGAGUCCUUCUUCCUCGCUGAGACCAUCAAAUACCUUUACCUGCUGUUUGACCCCACCCACUUCCUGCACGGCGGGGGAUCAGAGGGGGACGGGUCCUGGGAGGAGGGCGGUGAGGGGGGGCAGUGUGUAUUAGGGGCGGGGGGGUUCAUUUUCAACACCGAGGCUCAUCCUCUGGACCCGGCGGCGCUCUACUGCUGCAGCCGCCACACGCAGGACCGCCAGGAGCUUCGAGACAUCCUGCUCAGUCCUCCGCAGCCCAGGAGCCAAUCAGAACGACCCGCCGCUCAGACAAAGGACCCGCCCCCAAACCCACCAGACAGCAUCGCCCUGAAGCCUGGAGAGAAGAAGACACCGCCGCCGCUGUCCUGCCCUGUUCAGCCGUUCAGCGCUCGACUCUCCGUCCUGGGUCAGGUCUUCACAGACAACACCUGAGACCCAGAGACAUGGGACUCAUGAUGUCUCAGGAGUCUCAUGACGUCUCGGGUCUCAUGACGCCUCAGUGGUCUCAUGAGGUCUCAGGGGUCUUAUGACGUCUCAGGGGUCUCCUGACGUCUCGAGUCUUCUGACGUCUCGGGUCUCAUGACGUCUCAGUGGUCUCAUGAUGUCUCAGGGGUCUUGUGAAGUCUCGGGUCUCAUGACGUCUCAGUGGUCUCAUGACGUCUCAGGGGUCUUGUGAAGUCUCAGGGGUCUCUUAACAUCUCAGGGGUCUCAUGACAUCUCAGGGGUCUCAUGACAUCUCAGGGGUCUCAUGACAUCUCAGUGGUCUCACGACUCGUCCCUCAGGCCUUUAUUUUGAAAGGACGUUGCUUUAAGGACAGGUAAAACUCAUCUUAACUCAGGAAGUCUCUGGUUUCUGGGACAUUUUGGAACCAGCUGACCUUAAAGUUUCUCAGGAACUCAGCCGGGCCCUGCUGGCUGCUGUAACAUAAAGUCUAUUUUUAUUUAUUAAAAGUGUUAUAUUUGUCUCA